AUGGAGUGCAGACGUGUAUUCAUGUUCUCCGCGUUUCUGCUCAUUUCAGGUUAGUUCCAAAUUGAAAUACAUUGUCGUAUACAUGUACAUGUACAUGAAUGUAUAAACGCGCAUUUUACGGGCGCAAAUUGCGCAAAUAUUAAAUAUUUGUGUUUGCAUGUGCGCGCUGAUAUUAGUGCGUUCGCACUGUUGCGCAAACAAAGCCCAGAGUAGAAAGCGAGUGUAUUUUGCAAAUACCAAAGUGUGAUUGAAUCUGUUGUGCUAUUUUCUACUUGCAUAUAGUUGCUGUAAAGUGUGGAUAAGGGUAGCGGAUUUCAAAUUUCCAAAAUAAUAUCACGGAAACAGAAUAUGUUCCGCUUUUAGUUUGACAUAUGUAGUGUCUCAUUCCGUAAAACACUCUUUCAGCAGCAAUUAUCCUAAAAUGCGUUUAAAACAAUUUAUAUAACGCAAUAUAUUCAAGACGGAAGUAAAGUGGAACAAACUGCGCGUUGAUUUUAUCUCUGACAACAGUGACAAGCACAUGAUUUAAAAUUUAAUUCUCUGUUUGAUUUUCACAGUAUUUUCUCUGCCAUGUUGCGGCGAUGCUAAACCAAGAGUCGUUAGGAAUGCGCCAUCUUUUCGUCUUGAAGAUCUUGAUAGUGGUUUGGGAAAAACAGUUGACGUCAAUGGUAAGUAUGUUGACUGUUUUCCACAAGUAUGUUAUUAUAACAUAUUGGAGAUGUGAGGCGCACAGUGGUCAGUCCAUUUGUCUCCUCUACAUUAAUUGGAGCAACACGUGAUGACCCUUCCUGCACCUCCAAAGAGAACAGUUUAUAAAACAAUAUGGAUAUAGAGUUAUUUAAGUUUGAGUUUCCUCCUGCAAAUCUGACCAAUAUAGCAAGCCCUUAUUGGACCUCUACCACUCUAAGACUGAAUUGAAUUUGGUUUAUAUUAUCUUUAAUAUGUUUGCUUACAUUAUAUUUUAUUUAAUAUAUUUGUUGACACGUAGUAUUCGUUAACGUUUGCACAUCUUUGUAAAGCUUUCUUUCAAUACAUUUUCUUAAUCUACCGAUAUAUUUGUUCAGAACUAGAUGAAACAUCAACACCGACAUUUGGAAAUGACGAAGACGCAGUUUUUCUGAACACUGACAAUGACAGGCGAUCUAUACCAAGACGAGAAAGACGUCAAGCCCAAAGCACAACUCCGAUAGAUCUUUCUAUUUCACAAGAAUGUGAAGGAAUUACUCUACGAUGGGUUAAACCCAAUAUUCCUUUUAGGUAAAUCAAACAAUAUAUCUUAUCCUUGCCAGUAUAUCAUAAAGUCAAGUAUACACGUCUAGAGGUGAUAGAGGGCGUUAAUAGAUCUAAAAAAGGAGAACAUGAGAACUAAUAGAGAAUUCACAUUAUAUACUUUUGUUGUUUAGUACGGCAUUCCAUAGUAGCAAUCCAGAAUUCAGCCAUUACAAUAUCUAUCGUGAGACGAACUUUUUCUCCACCAUUGCUGGCCUGAAUCCCAUUGCAUCAGGAAAAGACAUACCAGAACUUCAGAAUUCACAACUCGACAAAUGGAUUGACAAAUUUCCUCCCACAGGAACAGGUCUAUUUUAUGCUGUCACUGUGGUCAACCACAGAGGAGAAGAAAUACAAAAUGUUGUUCCUAAACAGGUAAUGUUUGUUUGUAUAUUUGCGUUUGUUUGUUUGUCUGUCUGUCUGUCUGUCUGUCUGUCUGUCUGUCUGUCUGUCUGUCUGUCUGUCUGUCUGUCUGUCUGUCUGUCUGUCUGUCUGUCUGUCUGUCUGUCUGUCUGUCUGUCUGUCUGUCUGUCUGUCUGCCUGCCUGCCUGCCUGCCUGCCUGCCUGCCUGUCUGUCUGUCUGUCUGUCUGUCUGUUUGUUUGUUUGUUUGUUUGUUUGUUUGUUUGUUUGUUUGUUUGUUUGUUUGUUUGUUUGUUUGUUUGUUUGUAUGUUUGUAUAUUUGUAUAUUUGUAUAUUUGUGUUUGUUUGUUUGUAUAUUUGUGUUUGCUUGCUUGUUUGUUUGUUUGUUUGUUUGUUUGUUUGUUUGUUUGUUUGUUUGUUUGUUUGUUUGUUUGUUUGUUUGUUUGUUUGUUUGUUUGUUUGUUUGUUUGUUUGUAUAUUUGUGUUUUGUAUAUUUGUGUUUUGUAUAUUUGUGUUUUGUAUAUUUGUGUUUUGUAUAUUUGUGUUUGUUUGUAUAUUUGUGUGUGUGGUAUUGUUGUGAAAGUAUGACCGUGAUUGAUUUCUAAAUAAUUUAAUUUUAGAUAUCUUUCUUUGGCACGUUUGACAAUGUUGGUGGUUUGCCGGUUAGAAUCAUGCCUAAUAUUAUAAAAGGAAAUGUGCUAUAUCACAGUGUUGCCUACAAUAAUAUUCGAAAUGAAUAUUUUGUUGUCUUCGACGUGGAUCAGAAUAGUGACAAUACCCCUGACCGAGUAUAUGGACUUCGUGUUAAUGGACUAGGGCAGAUCCUGGACAGACAACUGAUUGAUUUCACUCUUGGGGGAGUCUCAAGUAAGCCAAAUAUAUUUAUUUGAAUGAAAUUAAAAAUCGUUCUUGCAAUAAGUAACAAAACAUAAUAAAUCAUUGGAAAAUUAAUAAAUCAACAUAAUAAUCAUUACAGUAGAAAAUUAAUAUAAUUCAGCUACCUCGGUUUCAUCUUGUGGCAAUAGUAUUUGUUUGUCUAGAAAGAAUUAACAGUAACUAGAUUGACUGUUUGAGUUAACAUGUUAAAUGAAAUCUUGUUAUCUUUACAACAGCGGAACAAGGUCAUCCCACCGUGGCGUUCAAUCCAAGCACACAAGAAUAUCUAGUCGCCUGGCAUCUCAGCGCGUCAGUUAUACAAGGCGGUGCACACAUUAUUAUCGCGCAGAGAGUGUAUGGGCACACAACAACUAGGAAGAGCAAUCCUUACAUGUUGGUGAAUGCUAAAUUACCCACUGGAUUUCGGCCCAUUAUUCAACCAAAGUUGAUGUACAAUGCUGGUUCUGGUAAGUUGGGACUAAUUUCUAUUUAUGGUGGUCAACCUUGGGAAGAAUACUGUAGUUACCAGAGUGUGGUACAUGCAUUGCAAUGGAAACUUGUUAACUAAUUAACACUCAACCAAUAUAGGAUGGCUCAAUCUCUAGAGAGAAUGUUUUAGAACUGAGAGUGUAACAGGGAUAUUUUGCGGGGGGGGGGGGCUGGACCCCAUAAUCCUGAAUUCCACCCAAAUCCGAAAAUAGCUAAAUUUUGUCUGGGGGCAGUAUUCUCCCUCCCCCCCCCAAAAAAAUGGAAUAUGAAUAUCAUUAUUAAUAUUAAAAUGGUAAGUGAUAAGGCAUAUAACCUUGAGUAUAAAAAUGGGUAAUCACUUGGAGGUGCAGUUAGUGAACCCAGACAUCAUUUCUAUCCCCUCACUUGGACAUAGGUGAGCGUGGGAAAUUACGUCUGAGUUUGUGAAUAUACAGUAGGAGGGGGAAAUCCCCCCCAAAUAAAAAACUCCUGAAAUUUGGGGGGGGGGGGCUCCCACCCAAGUCCCAAAACCUAAAAUACCCCUGGUGCAAAUAAAAAGUAGUUUAGUUUAAAUAUACAUGUUAAACACCAAAAUGGCGAGGAAACAUUUACAAAGGAUUUUUGACUUGUAGGUGGUUAUGUUAUGACUGCCAUGUUAGUGGAACCACCAAAGACACUCUUCGUUGUCUUCAUCAAACCAGAUGGCAAAGCCUCGUCUUUAUCAGGUCUCUUUAAAGGCCAAGUCUUAGAGGGAAGUCUUUUUAUGGACACAAAAUUCCGACAAAUAUACAUUGUCUAUCAAGUUCCACAGUGGGCCGCCACAGCUACGGGCCAGAGUUUAAGGAUAAAGCAAUAUCCCUACAUUAUCUUACUCACCAAGGCUAAUGCCACUGGAACACUACUGACUCUAGGAGAUCCCAAUUCUGUGAGACAUUUGGUUGGUUAUACCAGGGAACGCAACGCCCACAUUAAUGGGUAUUUUGACGAAGCAAACGGAUGGUAGGUGUCGUUUUAAUUGUUUAAGUGAACAUUUGUUAUAUGAAUAAACUACGUUCAUUGAUUGAGAAAGCUUUAAACUCGGAUCGUCGUUAGUGCAAAUAAUAAGUCUCUUCUUUGGAGCAUUUACAUUGUUAUGUAGCAAAAAUUAUUUCAAAUACUAGGAUACUUUUCCGUACAUAUAGGUUAAAUGUGUUUUGGAACAACCGGGAGAAUGGUAAAAAAUUUAUCAGUUCUGCCAGUGUAGUGGGAAUUCCAGGAACAUUUCGAAAAGACCCGGAUACCCAUGAAUGCCGUCAACAUGAGAAUGUUCAAAAUUCAGCGUCGUGUUAUCUCCCAACCAACAACGGUCAUAUCAUGAUCUGGGAGAAGGGAACCAAGCUUAGCGGUUAUCUGGUCAAAGAUGGUGCUUUUAAUCCCGUGCGAGGAACUCAACGUAGUGCGAAGGUGUUGUAUAAUUCAAGGCAGAGUCGAGCGUUUGUUGUGUAUCAGCAAACUGUCAGUGGUAGUAGAGUGCUGUUUGUGAGAAAUAUUGCACCUGGAUCACAGUCCAGUUGUAGCAAGGCAUGUAAUUCCAGUGAGAGAUGUGUCAUGAAGGAUGUCUGCAUUUCACGCAAUCCAGGUAACAGUCUGUUUUUAAAUUUCUGAAACAAUAAUAAUAUACUUGUAAUAAUAUUUAUAUUCUAUCAUACCUGAUUUCUAGUUGCAGUAAAUAACGCUCCAACAUGUUUAAAAGAUAAAGGUGGUUGCAGUCACACUUGUACGAGUCUUGCGAAAGGCAGAACAUGUUCCUGUCCAGCGUCUUACACACUUGCUCUGGAUGGAAAGAAAUGUUUUCUCACAGGUAAUCAAACUGAAUAACUGCUAUGCUAAGUUGCAGGGAUGUUGGUUGUAAUGGCAGUACGAUGUUCCAUACCUGCAAUAUGCAAUUUGUAAUUAUAUUUUGCCUCAAUUCUUUUCCAUAGCUGCGAAGCCGGACGUCUCCCUCCUGUAUUCAACAGCAAGUUCAAUAUGGUCUGUGAGUAUCUACUACGCAGAGAAACGCGUAUCAUUCGCACGGAUACCAAUCCAAGGACAACAUAUCAUUGCAUUCUUCUACAACGCAAAAGACAAUUACUUAUACUGGGCAGACUCCAAAGAGCAGAAGAUUCGCAGAUCGCAUUUGGACGGAACUAAUAAACAAGUUAUUGUAAAGUAAGUGUCGGACGUUUUAAUAUAUGUGAAUUUGAGAAUAUCUCAUGUCAACUAACUUUAUUUGUACUGCAUAGUUUUGUCCCAAGAUAGUCCUGUUGACGAUCUUAAAUUAUUACUUUAAAUUAUUUUUGCACCAUCUAGCAAUCAAGUCCAAAUACCAGACGGCAUGGUCGUCGAUCCAGUGGCCAAACAACUGUACUGGGCUGAUGGUGCGAUUGGUACCGUGUUUUGUUCACUGUUGGAUGGUGCAAAUGUCGCCUCGUUUAUAACUGGCUUAGAUAAACCUCGAGCAUUAGCACUGCACCAGAAAAACAAGUAAGCUUUUGUUUCAACUGUUGGUGACGAAAUUGCAAUUGAAUGUCACCAGAUCUUAUUGACGCAUCUACUUACCUACCUACCUACCUUACGUACUUACCUGCCUGCCUGCGGGCUGGCUGCCUGCUGACCAUCUUACGUUCCUACCUAACCAACCAACCACCCACCCACCACCAACUUACAUAAACACAUACCUGCCACCUGUCAAACUGCUUGUCUACCCGGUACAUAUCUGUCAGCCUAGCUACUUUACUAAUAACGUAUCUGAACCAUUGAGGAUUUCUUAAAUAUUUAGGUGGUUAUUCUGGACAAACUGGGGUGUUGUAGCGAAGAUAGAGAAAAUCAAAACUGAUGGCACGAACAGGAUCGUUGUUAUUUCAUCUCGUUUACAAUGGCCGAACGGCUUAACACACGAUGGAAAAUAUUUGUACUGGGCUGAUGCUCAUUUUGAUAAAAUAGAAAUGAGCGACUUCAACGUAAGUUCAGUUCUUUUGAAAUAUUCUUAUACGAAUAGGGUCCAGUAAGGACCAUGCUUUCUUCCUGCAGUGUUACGUUGCAAAGAAAGCGCAGUCAAACUGCAAAUAUUCUUAAUCUCUGCAUGUGAUUCUUCAAGUACUAACCACUGCGCCGCUAACACCCCUCCGUUUAAUUCAUUUGCGUUUGAGAAGCGAAAAAUUUAGAGCAAUUAUAGUCCUGGGGCCGGUUGUAUAAAACUCUUAAUCACUUUCUUCAUCACUAUUUUGUAGUCAAAUAGUGAUUAACUCUCAAAUAGGCGCUUCUUAUUGGAUGACGUUUGCACUUAACCAUAGUUAACUUUAAUCACUUUUUUAUACAACCGCCCCUGGUGUUCACAGAACUGUCCUGGCAUUUAUAAAGUUGAUUUUUUAUAAUUAUUUACAGGGAAACGGUAGAGUCACUGUGACUUCGAACGGUGUUACUCAUCCAUAUGGUUUGGGAAUUGUUGGAAACAGGUACCAGUCACUAUUAUGAUUAAAUUGGUAUCACUGCUUCCAGUACCAACAUCACAACCAUCAGUAGCUUUGACACCACCACAAGCAUGAUCAUACAGUAAUCGUCAUGGUGAUUGCUACUCUCACUAUAUCGCCAAUGCCAAUCAUGAACACUACCAUCAUUAACUAUAUCACCAUCAUCACUACUACCAUCACUGUUACUGUAAUCACUACCGUCAUCUUUAGCACCACCAUCACUCCAUCAAUAUCAUCAUUACCAUCACUGUUACUGUAAUCACUACCAUCAUCUUUAGCACCACCAUCAAUAUCAUCAUUACCAUCACUGUUACUGUAAUCACUACCAUCAUCUUUAGCACCACCAUCAAUAUCAUCAUUACCAUCACUGCUACCAAUCACAUUAUCGUUGACUUUGUUUGAACUAGAUUAUACUGGACUGACUGGUCUGGCCACAUUCGUUCAUUGAAUAAAACUCAAGCUUACCUUCCACCUGAAGAGAUUGCCGCUGGACUUCAGAAACCAUUCUCUUUGCAGAUCUAUGAUGGAACGGCUGUACUGAAAGGUGAAAUAUGAAUAGUUUGACGAAGCCAAGUAAUGUCUUUUUGAGCAAUUAGGAAAGCAUAUUCUGACCUAAUCUGGAAAUCAAAGUAUUCUGGAAAAAAAACUUUUAAAUAGGGCAUUAGACAACCCAGGAAUAUGUUCCAUUGUCAGUAUAGAUCACAACACUGUUCUAGCUAGUUUGUCUGGACUGUUAGUCAUGUAUCUAGAUUUGGCCAAACGUUAACUGCCAAUUGAUGAAAUGUGUUGUCGUAUUGAAAUAUGUACAGAUCAUGCAAGGCUACAUGGUACUAAUCCAUGAUAUAAUAUUCCCCACAGCAAGUUUCUGUACUGACCCAGGGGUACCACUCUAUGGUGGUCGCAACCCACCUCCCACCAAAGCUGGAAGGAAAUACAACGUUGGAGAUCAAAUCAUACUCACGUGCAAUCCUGGAUUUGUUCAUCUUGGGUCUAAUUCUCGUCAAUGUUUACCCACGGGCAAGUGGAGUGGUAGCAAUACUCGAUGUAAAGGUAUGACGUAAUAUAUGCAGUUGUCUGAUUCUGAGAGAGGAAAAGGAUCCACUUGACUACACCUCAUACCCCCAGAAUACACCUCAUGAAACAACACUGAUCGUGAGUGGCUCUUGGUGUUCAUCUCGGAAGAACAGUUUAGAACUAAUACACCCAAUCCAGUAAAGUUAAUUUGGUGCAUGGGCGGAUUUACUGGGAGUUAGGGCGGUUAACCCCCCCCUCUAAUAAUGUGUUCAACCCCACCAAAAUGUCGCUUCACCCCCCCCCCCCAUAUUUUGUGUGAAAGGCUUUAACCCAAAUGCCUAACCCCUGCCAAAGCUCACUGAGUGGUGCAGCUUGCACCCCACCAGAAAUUUUCCUACCCCUCCUUUUAAAUAAAUGAAAAUCCUCCCUUGGUUGGGUGUACAGUAGGUUUACUCCUGUAGUAACACUGGACCGAUGAAGCAUGGCAUUGUAGACCACUAUCAUGAAUAGUUUAGCAACACUAGAUCAUAAUGAAUCGCCUUGAAUAGUUAAAUAUGGAAUUUAUAUUGAUAUACACUAUCUUCUUCAGCUCUGCCAGUGUUCACCAAGUUGCCUAGCAACAAGACUGCUAGCGUAUCGUUUGGAGUAACCAUUGAAUGUUCAACUGACACCAGGCCAGCUGACAAAGCUACGAUCACGUGGUACAAAGACGGCAAAGCGUUGGGUCUCUCAGUCCGAUAUUAUAAAGAUCGUGUCACAGGUUAUUUGCAGAUUCUCAGUGUACUGGUUGACGAUUCUGGCUUGUACACUUGCGUGGCAAGCAAUGCGGCGGGAAACAUUCAGGCAUCAAUGUAUCUGACUGUGAAACAAAAACAGAUAGGUAAAUAUUUGGUAAUUAUUCUCAGGAAAAAUAUUUUCACCUUGUUUGCCGAUGACAUCAUUCCCUUCUGUAUAGUUCGUUGGCAGUUUUUAACACUUUUUCGUUUUAUUUUCAGCUUGUGGGAAGGCUAAAUUCACAACUGUAGCUAAGAUAAUCGGUGGACAAAGAGCUGCGCGCGGGUCUAUUCCCUGGCAAAUUUUACUGAUGAACAACGUGACUAAGGCUCCUUUCUGUGGAGCUAGCUUAUUGAAUGAAAGAUGGGGAGUUACUGCAGCACACUGUCUUGGUAAGUCGAAGGUUUUCUUAAAGUGGCUCUGACACCCACCUUAUGACUCAUCGCUGAGCACAGCUACGUUGGGAAGGGUCAGUUUGGGGAGGUGGAAGGGCCAGGUAUAUAGGGGCCAACCCCAACCCACCUUGCCAACAUUCUCUGUAUGUGGGAGGAAGCCGGAGUCCCCGGAGAAAACCCACGACUUUCAGUAGAGCGUUAACUCACUCUUUACACAUAAGUGUGAUGAGUCCACAGCGAGAAUCGAAGCCACUAUCUCAGAGAUAGAAGGUGAUUGCUCUGACCAUUGCGCCAUCGAAGCCCCUAAAAGGUCUCUACUAUAUUAUGGUAUCUCGUUUUGUAGUUUCAAUGAAUCUAAACCAAGUAGUGGCCGUAUUGGGAGAAACCCGGCGGAAUAAGGACGAAAAAACUGAACAAUACAUGUCCAUUACUCAGGUACAUUUCCACUCUCAAUUCAGCCCAACUACGUUGGACUCUGAUAUCGCUCUCUUCAAAUUUACCAAACAAGUUAUAUACACUGACUAUGUAAUACCAGUCUGUCUACCUACCACUUCAGCCGACUUUGCGCUGUCCAGAGCGGGUAACACAGCCAGGAUCAGUGGCUGGGGCGCGAGAAAGACCAAUAAAACCCACCCAGUGAAUUGGCUUCACACGGUUCAACUUCCAACAAUUGCCCACAAAAAAUGCCAACGAAAUCACGCACCGAAGUAUUUAAUUUCGGCAAACAUGCUCUGUGCUGGACGAACCAAUGGUAAAGCGGAUGCUUGUCAAGGUGAUUCUGGUGGUCCAUUAACUGUCGACAAUAGUGUCACUGGGAAACAGGUUCUCGUUGGUAUCGUAAGCUGGGGGGAUAGGUGCGGUCUAAAGAAUAAAUAUGGGGUGUAUACCAAGGUACAGAACUUUCUGUCCUGGAUUAACACUCAUAUUAGGAAAGUUUAG